GCCGUGCAGGUCGGACGUCGUAUAAAAGCCAGAGCGCCCCGCUCUCUCCAGCACAGACACUUCGGGAUCUUGGCACCGCCGUCCAGCCCAGGCGCUCCAGGAGAGGUUCCGGGCCGGCGCUCGCUGCUCCUUCGCUCCUACCUUCCUUCCUCCCUCGCUGAGCAUGGCCCAGACGCUCGUCCUGGCCUGGCUCCUGGUGGCGGCAGCGGGCUGGACAGCGGCCCAGAACUGCACCUGCCCCACCAACAAGUGGACCGUCUGCAACCAGGUGGGCGCCAGCUGCCAGUGCACGGUCCUGGGCUCCAGCUACGUGGUGGACUGCUCCACCUUGACCUCCAAGUGCCUGCUGAUGCAGGCGCGCAUGAGGCCGAACAAGCCCCGCAGGCUGAUCAAUCCCAGCGAGCACGCCGUGGUGGACAACGACGGCCUGUACAACCCGGACUGCGACAGCGGCGGCCGCUUCAAGGCCCGCCAGUGCAACCAGAGCGACGUGUGCUGGUGCGUCAACUCGGUGGGCGUGCGGCGCACGGACAAGGGCGACCAGACGCUCAAGUGCGAUGAGCUCGUGCGCACCAGUUACAUCCUCAUCAACCUCCGGCACCAGGAGCGCGCCCAAGCCUUCAACCACUCGGACCUGAGCCGCGCGCUGCGGCGCCUCUUCCAGGAGCGCUACCAGCUGAGCCCCAAGUACAUCACGGCCGUGGAGUACGAGCAGCCCACUAUCCAGAUCGAGCUGCAGCAGAACGCCACCCAGAAGGCGCACGGGGAGGUGGACAUCGCCGAUGUGGCCUACUACUUUGAGAGGGAUAUCAAGGGCGAGUCUGUGUUCCACAACCGCCACCUCAACCUGGAGGUCAGAGGGGAGCCCCUGCGAGUGGAGGACACCAUGAUCUACUACGUGGACGAGAAGCCCCCCGAGUUCUCCAUGAAGAGGAUGACGGCCGGCCUGAUUGCCGUCAUCGUGGUGGUGGCCCUGGCCAUCGUGGCUGGCGUGGUGGUCCUCAUCAUUAGCAACAAGAGAAAGUCAGGAAAGUAUGAGAAGGUGGAAAUCAAAGAGAUGGGCGAAAUGAACAAGCGACUCAACUUGUAGGAAGCGACUCCUGUGGGAGGAUGCUGGGGAGGGGUGGAGGAGGAGGGAUGACAGCUUUCCCAGAAAGAGCUUCUUUUCAGAACAGAAGCUGGCUGCCUGGGACUCUCUGCUUCCCAGGCUCUUGGCUGGAUAUCCCCCAGAAGAUUCUUGGAGCUGGAAGGGAACUUAAUCCAACCCCUCUUCUUACAUUUGAGGAAACUGAAGCCCAGAAGACACAAGAAGGUCCAUCUAGCUCUUACAUUUUCGUUCUAAGGUUCCUCCUAACUUUGACAGUCUGGGUUCCAUUUAUGUUCUAAGGUUCCCCCUAACUCUGACAGUCUUGGGUUCCAUGUCCUCACAUCCUCUGUUCAAAUGUCCCUUUUCCUUCUUAAGUUCUGUAUUCUAAGGUCCCUUCCAGCUUUGACAAUCUUAUUAUGUUCCAAGAUCUAACAUCCUCUGUCCUAGAGUAGCUUCUGGCUUUGAAGUUCUGUUCCAUUUAGGAUUCUCAGUUCUAAGAUGCUUUCCUUACAAUUCUUAACAUUCUAGAUAGAAAUACAAUUAGGAUGAGAGCCUUUGCCUUCCCUUUCCUAGUCUCUUAGCCCUUUCCACUUCACCUUGCUGCUUUUAUGUUAGUUUUUGGUCUUGGUAGCUCCUUCUGACUUUGUAUCCUACCUGUGUGGUCUCCUGGACUACUUACUUAGCUUUUCUGAGCCUCUGUUUCGUUAUCUGUAAAAUGGAGGUAAAAAACAAAGCCACCUACCUCCUAGAGUUGUUGGGAAAGUUGAGGAAAGUCAUGUAUACAAAGCAAGUGCUGUAUAAAUGCCAGUUAUUAUGCUCCCUCAGGAAAAGAAUCUAUAAAAAGAGCCCAAUCAUUUCAGUCCUGGGACAGAAAUAGGACUGAAAAUAAGAACUAGUAGAAGGAAAGAAGGGUGGGGUGGGUUUCUCCGGAAAGUCCAUCUGGGUGUGCCUGUCUCUGUACCUGCUGGCUUCUAUUUAUAACUUCUUCUAUCUGGAAGUGCCCUAUGAUAUUUUCCCAAUCUGAAAUUCACCACCACACUUUGGGUUUAAGCUAAUUUAAUUAUCUCCUGCUGUAAACAAACGAGGAGCAUCUUCUCAAUUUCCCACUUUGUAGGAUGGUGUUCGUAAUGGGAUGAGGAUUUGGUUCUGUGUAAUGUACUCGUUUUUAUGGCCAUUUGUGUUACAAGCUGGGUCCCCAUCCAUCUUAUGCCAUUGGUUUGAAAUGCAUUUUUCUGUGACUUGGUUUUGGGGGACUCAGUAUCUGCUCCCCAAUGCUUCUGUAUAGCUCUAGUUAGUGUUAGUCUGUUUUGGAAAAUGUGUGUGUUGUCUUUGAUAAACGUCAGAAUUUUUAUAAGCUGUUGGAUUUAAUAAAAUAUGAAGAAAACCCAUAAA